AUGUCCGAGAAAGAAGCUGAUCCGGUUAAUCUUCCCAAUAGUACUGACGGUUUGGAGAAAACAGCUGGCAAUGAGGAUUUAGAAGUAAAGUUGUCCAGCGAAGAACAUAACCAGACAAGCAUGACUGCUAAUGAUUUACUUAGCUUAUGCAGGUUUGGAAACGUUCCCACAAGAACACGUUCUUCACUGACAAACAGAGAUUUGAAGGUUUGUCAUGAUUCUGUUACUGUAGAUGAGAAUGCUCAUGAGGGCGGGCUCCCUAAGGAAACUGAAGUGCAUUCCCAAGACAUCCCUGUGGAUGUGAAAAGCCUCAAUUCUGAUAAAUUGAAAGCGCCGUCCACGGAGGAAGAAUCAUGUCUUACUUAUGCCAUUAAGCAGUUGAACGAGACAAGUUCCUCAUCCUUUCGUGAAAGUACAUUAAUGAAGAAGGAAGAGAAAUUAGAGGGGCUAACUGAAAUUGAAAGUGGCAGUUCUAUAACCACGGGAAGAGGUGAGAAAAGAGAGUUGGAUGACGAUGACAAUUGUAAGGGCGGAACUAAGAGACCUAGAGAAUUGGCUUCAUUAAAAAGUGCUUUCUCAGAUGACUUUCUGUACUGUUCUAAUUCAGUGGAAAAACAGCUGACUUCACAGGAACCAAGGACAUCACACGGAGAGCCAGUAAUGUUUCUGUCUGAGGAGAAGAGAUUGGUAGACAUCUCUAUGAUACCCGAGGGUGAUGUGAGGCUAGGCAGUGACUUCACGGAAAAGCAACUUUUGCCGGCUUCCUUUAAGACUUUUGAUCUCAAUCUUAUGGAAACUUCUGAUGUGAAUGAACAUCAUGAUGCCAAUUCUGUUCAUAUCUUCCCUGUGAUUGCUGAAGGUGUAAAACAAGAAGCACCGGUUGAUAUGCAUCUGACCAUGAGUAGUAACUCUAAUGCAAGUAAAUAUGCUAAAUCUGGCUUUGAUGGGAGAGACGUUGAGGUGAUUGAUUUGGAAAAUGAUUCUGAACAAGAAGAGAAGGCUUUCAGUAAUCCAGAGAGAAGGUCUGAAGUUGUAUUCAGUGGAACAGAUGGUUUUUCUAAUAAUGCGCAUAGUACCAACAAUAUACCCAAUGCUCAGGACGGUUAUGGACUUAUGAUUUCGGAAUUACUUGGGAAUGAUAUAGCAAACU